ACUUGCAUUCUGUGUGUGCAUGCGUGUUUGUCGGAGAGAGUUGAAAUGGAAAGUGAGGGAGCGGGGGGAGAGAGGGAGUAAGUGAGAGAGAGAGAGAGAAAAGGAGGGGGAAGUGUGUGUGUAUGUGUGUACGAGCGUGUGUUAAAGCUAGCUACUCACAGAAAAGAAGGAAUAAGAAAAUUCAAGUAGCCGCCAUAUGCUGAGGAUUUUUGUGAAUGCCCUGCUGAGGAGACACGCUAGAUUUUCCGGCGGAUCCUAAAAGAUGGGAAGCUCACAUUUGCUGAACAAAGGCUUGCCUUUAGGCAUCAGGCCUCCCAUAAUGAAUGGGCCCAUGCACCCUCGUCCUCUGGUGGCACUGCUGGAUGGACGGGACUGCACUGUGGAGAUGCCCAUCCUGAAGGACGUGGCCACUGUGGCUUUCUGUGAUGCUCAGUCCACCCAAGAGAUUCAUGAGAAGGUGUUAAAUGAAGCCGUUGGAGCUCUUAUGUAUCACACCAUCACCCUGAUGAGAGAAGAUCUGGAAAAGUUCAAAGCACUUCGUAUAAUUGUCCGCAUUGGCAGCGGUUUUGAUAACAUCGACAUAAAGUCAGCUGGAGACUUGGGAAUAGCUGUGUGUAACAUGCCAGCAGCUUCAGUAGAAGAGACCGCAGACUCCACCAUGUGUCACAUCCUCAACCUGUACCGACGCACCACCUGGCUGCACCAGGCUCUCCGUGAGGGCACGCGGGUCCAGAGCGUGGAGCAGAUUCGGGAGGUCGCGUCAGGGGCGGCCCGCAUCCGAGGGGAAACGCUAGGGAUCAUUGGUUUAGGCCGUGUCGGACAGGCGGUGGCCCUUAGAGCCAAAGCGUUCGGCUUUAACGUGAUCUUCUACGAUCCGUACCUGUCUGACGGGAUGGAGCGAGCCCUGGGGCUACAGAGAGUAAACACUUUACAGGACCUGCUCUUCCACAGCGACUGCGUCACCCUCCACUGCAGUCUAAAUGAACACAACCACCAUCUCAUCAAUGACUUUACCAUCAAACAGAUGCGUCAAGGGGCGUUCCUGGUGAACACUGCUCGUGGAGGUCUGGUGGAUGAGAAAGCUCUCGCCCAGGCUCUGAAAGAGGGAAGAAUACGGGGCGCGGCCCUGGACGUCCAUGAGACAGAGCCUUUCAGUUUCAGCCAGGGUCCUCUAAAAGAUGCCCCCAAUCUGAUCUGCACUCCACACGCCGCCUGGUACAGUGAACAGGCAUCCAUAGAGAUGAGGGAGGAGGCGGCGCGGGAGAUUCGUCGAGCUAUUACCGGUCGCAUUCCAGACAGCCUAAAAAACUGCGUGAACAAAGAGUUCCUCACACAGACCACGCACUGGGCCGGCAUGGACCCUGGUGUGGUUCAUUCAGAGCUCAAUGGAUCCUAUAGGUACCCUCCAGGUGUAGUGAGCCUCGCAUCAGGGGGUCUACCUCCAUCCGUGGAGGGCAUCAUGCCAAGUACCGUGCCCAUGACCCACAGCCUUCCCAGCGUAGCCCACCCUCCACACGCCCCAUCACCCGGCCAAAGCGGCAAAGCCGAACCAGAUAGAGAGCAACAUCACAACGAACAGUUAUAGCCCCGCUGUUCAAAGGCUUUCCUUACCACUAUAGACAUCUCCUGGUCCUUCAUUACCCCAAAGAAGAGGAGCAGAAAGAGGCUCCCGGCCACCAAAAAAAACACAUCGACUCUGAAGUAGCCAACACUUUGACUGAAGGUGGCGGACCGAGCCCUUUGAAGUAUCUUUUGUGGCAAAAAAAGAGAGAAAAAUCUUGUGGAUUUAAAACAAAGUAAACUUCUCCCCGAGGCAAAAUCCAGCUGUUUUAGAUUGUAGUCUGUCCAAGUGCAGUGGGCGAUCUUUUAUCUGUUAUUUUGUCUGCCUGAUGGGUUUCAUUGUUAGCUAUUACAUGAAUGUAACCUGUUUGUGUACAGUUUUUAGAUGAAAAGAAAAAAAAGCUGAAUAAGGCAUUAAGAGAGGAAUCUUACCAUCUAUACAAUGAAAAGUCUAUUAGUUUAAUUUUUUUAAGCCCCGAAAGAGGCGGGAUUUGCACACCCUCUCAGGAAAAUUGAUUUCCUCCCUUCCUUCCUUUUAAAUUAAACCACACGGCGCAUUGUUUUUUUUACCCAUUUGUCUUUUUGUAGUCAAACCUCAGUACACAGUACUUAAACAAACUACACACAGUAUGUUUUUUAAUUUUAGUUACGGAGCAUGUAUUACCUUAUGUGUUAAAAAAAGAAAACGGAAAAAUGUUCAGUUUUCAAAGUAAAAAAAAACCUGUCUUGUGCAAAGCUGGCGUUAAUGCUUGCCUGUUUGUGUGUGACUUGAUCGUACCGUGUUUUUCGAGGACGCCGGGAUAGUUGCAGCUCUUCAUCGCCUACAUAGUUUCCUUCCUGGUAAAGUGGUAGGCUAGCAAUAUACAUACUAUAUAUACGAUGAGAUAUUAAUAUUUUUUGUUAAACAGAAUCCAAAAAAGAAAUGUUUGUGACUGUAUGCAUUUGUAUGAAUUAUUUUAAAUGAAAUAAAAGUCCAAGUUAAACGACA